CAGAGCAGUUACAGAACAGAAGCUUCCAAUCUCAAAAACGAGUGUCGUAAAUUCAGAACGAGACAAUGGAAGAGCCCAUCAAGGAACAGCCUCCCUCUGCUGGUGUUUCUGGGAACUCUGCGAGACCCAAGCUUCAGAGAUACGCACUUCGUUCUUCUAAAUUCAAGGAAAACAAACCCGAUUUCUCCAAUUCUUCUGAAUCUAAAAGAGGGACAAGUACUCCAAGUGUAAGCAGAAGUGUAGGUGUUCUUGAUUUCUCUGGCAAGGACAAGUCUACUAGUGCUAAACCACCAAGAAGGCUCUCCAUUCCAGUCAAAGCAUCUACCACUCUGAGCCCAAAGCUGGUUGGCAACAUUACUCCAAUCUCAGAGACCAGAACAAUGAGGUCUGGUUAUAGCCAAGCUUCUCAAAGCAGAACCCAAACACCCAUUUCUGACAUUCCCAGAACAUCCAGCCGAAUGAAGUUCAAUCUCCUGUCUUCUUCUUCAUAUUGGUUAAGCCAGAUUAAGCUAUCUGAAUCCGCUGCCAAACACUCACUUUCACUAGGAUUCUUCAAACUUGCUUUGGAGGCAGGAUGUGAGCCUUUUCAGAAGAUGCAAGAUGAGCUAAAAUCUUAUGUGGGGCGAAAUCAGCUAACUGAACUUGGAGAACCAGUGAAAGAACUGCUUGAAAGCUAUAAUAUUGCAGAAACUAUAGAGCAGACCCAAGUGUCCGAAAGCAUUUCACUAGUGCCAGAAGAGGGAACUCGAUCCUCUGAUGAUGAAGUGCAUUGCUGCUCUUCGUCUACCAUGGAUACUGCAAAACUGAAACCCAAGUGUAACACUGCUUUUAUUGCUCCUGCUGUGAAGGAAACUAGCCAAAAGAAUAAUGAUGCAUCCAGGUUGAGAGAAAAUCUCAGAAAGAACACUGCAAAUUCAAGAUCUGCUUCUGGCAGUGGGAAUCGUAGGUUAGCUAAAAAAUCAGAGAAACAUACUAAGCAACAAACAAAUAAGGAGAAGGGAAAGAAGUCUGAUGUCAAAGAAGGCAAGGGAGCAGCAAUAUUUCAUUUUUUAUACUAACGAAAUUUUUUAGUUUGGUUAGUCUAAUGCCUUCGUAUGAUUAUUUGCUUUCACAGUUCCGAUCAGUCCUACAAGUGCUGAAGAUAAUCUACAGGCAAACAAAGAAAAUAUGGUAAGUCACUAUGGAGUGUAACUUCUAUCUGGCUUAAUCAUAAAUUUACUAUUCAUGCACCGUUUUUCGUUUUAACUUUCAUGUAACAGGUGUUAAAUUUGAUCCUUAUACUUUAAAUUACUUUUUCUUUAUUUUCCACUUUAUAGAAGUUUUAUAUUUUAGUUUUUACAUAUGAAUAUUUUUUUUUUAUCCUUUUAAGAUAACUCCAAGAAAAAUAUAUUCUGUUAUAAUUUUAAUAAAUAGUUGUUAAGCCAGUUUGUUAAAACAUUUUCGUACAAGGACUAAAUCUAGAAACUAAAUUAAUAAUUCAACUUUUUAUUUUCUAGUGUAAAAGAAAAGAAUAUAUGGCUAACGUAUUGCUUCUUUCAUUGGACGUUCAGACCCCUGAAUCUGAUGAGAUCAGUUUGACAGAAGUGGUCGGGUGAACAAGCUUGCAGUUAUGAAUUUUUUUCAUUCUCAAACUUUGUUUGUCUGCAGUGUUUUACGCGUGUGCAGUUUGUCUCUCUACAGGAAGACAGAUGAAAAUUGUUUUCUCACCGUUUGCCUCUCUGCAGUGUUUGGCAAUUGGCAUAUUUUGUGUGUCCUAACAUAAUAUCGUUUAUCAAACCAAACUGUCUUCAAUAUCAUGGUUUGUCGUGUCUAUAUGUGCUUUUUAUAAUAUUUAUAUAGAUUUCCGACAUAAAUUUGCAUGAUUUGUAAUUAUUUCUUCUAGUAUAUUUAUAUGAAUUCCAACAUUUUCUGAUUUUUGGGGGGAACAUGAGUUAAAAAUGUGCUAUAAUAGUAUUUUAACCUGAGCUGAGAAUAUUUUUACCAGAGCUUAAGAAGAAAAAAAAAUCGUGUUUUAAUUUUCAAUAAUCUCAUUUUGCUGAGUCUUUGACCCUGCUGUGCCCAGUUUAUUUGUUUGGUGUAAAAAAACAACUAUGCAUUCUUGUUUUACAAUCUUGAUUUUGACAAUAUUUAUUGUUGAUGAAUGGUGAAAAGUUUAUUUAUAAAAAUAGACACUCAAAAGACUUAAUAAGCAAAUAAGUGAAAUUUAGACGAUCAUAUUUGGAUAUAUCCCCUAGAUAUUGCGGUGUAUUGAGAUAAAACAAGAAGAAAAAUGAUAUAUCUCAACCAAUAAAAAUUUAAAGGUAAAAGAUGAAAUCAUUUUACAAUAAGAAGACUCACUUUAAAGAAACCAGGCUCAACCUAUUUCUCAAUUUAAUCGACUGCAUGUUCAAUCCUUAGUCAGAAUAGAUUCAGUACUAACACUUAUCCUCAUAAUCUCUCACGUUUUAAUUACAUCACUAACCGUGCAGCAGAUUAAUUCCUAAACUUCUGAAUACUAACAAUUUAAUUUCUAAAAUUAUCAUUUUAAGUCCUAACAUUACAAAACAAUUGUUUUACUCCCAACUACCAAACAACGAACAUCUCAGUUAUUAAAAUUAAAUUAAAUUAAAACAAUUAUCUAUAAGACUAAAUUAGUGCUCACUAUUUCAAAUACUAAUUUAUUCUAUUACUCUUAAAUGAGCUAAAUCCCUCUUUAGCAACUCCUCUCCACCUUUCACAUACAUGACUGCGAGCCAACUUCAGCAUACCGUCUCGUCUAAAAUAUGCCUAUCUCAUACAAUAUGCCAUCACGUAAAUUACUAUCUAUUUGAAACAAAUAGUAAUAAAAUCAUACAUCGCAUCAGACUAGUAACAUCGAAACCAAAACCAAAUAUUAUUCAAAGGAAGGGAAUUCUAAAUAGCAAAUAAUUAAUCACCUCAUUCGCGAUCAGAAACAUCAACUUCAGAGGAAAAACCAUACAAUGGAAAUGAUAUAAAAGUUAUUUUCCUAAAUCUUUGUGAUUAUAAUAUAUCAGAAAACAACUUAUAUCUCGUGUAAGAUUGAUCACCCAAUAUCACAUGGCAGAAAUGUCAGUUCAGGUCACAAUACGAGGUUGAAAACAGGAUAUAAGUUACGAUGUGACAGAGAAACCAUACAAUGUAAAUGAAAUUGAACGUAGUUUAUAAAUUCUUGUGAUCAUAACCAAUUCAGGAAACUUCAACUUAUACAUUGAACCGUGUUGAGAACAAUCUGAUGCAAAUUGACAGAAAACUCUAUUUUACAUGAACUGACAUGAACAAUGCAUAAACUACAAUGAAUUAAAGAUAAGAUGAUCCUAACAUUCAGAACAGUAAGGAAUACGACAUAAAAUUUGGUAGGUUGACACGGUCAUUUUAUAUGUAGAAAUGCAGCCUAAUUCAUGUCUUCAACGGCCCACAACCACAUAAAGAUUGGCCUAGUCAGCUGUCCAACUCUGCUCCACAAUUUCCCUCACUCUUCGAUUGUACUCACGCUUGUUCUCGCUAAACAUUCGAGCUGCUUCUGAGUUCGCAGGAGAGUUUGGGUUGGGAUCACAAAGCAAUGACUGCCACAAGUAAUAAUUACCUUUCAGAAAAUUAUAAUAACAUCCUGACUACUACCAUAGCAGGGAAUGAAUCAAUUAAAAAACUGCAUGAGGAUAUUCUAUUUCAACAUGGAAAAAAUGUUCCCCAGAAACUUUCAAAUACAAUAUCGAGAUAUCCAAUAGUAGAAUCAAGAAGACAGCAAUAUGGUCGUACACACA